AAUUUAGCACAAAUUGUGGUUUUCAUUUUUCAAUAAACAAAAAAAAUGGGUUCAGAAACGUUUCUGGAAGUGAUAUUGGCUAUCAUCCUCCCACCUGUUGGAGUCUUCCUUCGUUUUGGCUGUGGAGUGGAGUUCUGGAUAUGUUUGUUGCUGACAAUAUUGGGAUAUAUACCCGGAAUCAUAUAUGCAUUAUGUGUCCUUGUCGUAUAAUUAAAAGCUUUGGAUGAUCAAGGAGAAUAAUGGAUGAUUGCAAACGUGUGUUUUGGUGUGAGUGUUUAGUUUGGUCAAACUUUUGUAAUCCAGAUCUUAACUUUUCCUUGUACAUGUUAAUGCCACUAUUUUUAGUUUUUGUUAUGUUUUUCUUUUUUUUUCUUUUUCUGUCAAAUUUUUAAAUGUCAAGUUUUUUAGUUUCAAGUGGAUAUGUAUAAAUAUGCAAACGUAACAAUAAUAUCGAAGUGGAAAUCUUAAAAACUCACAAGUAAAUUGUUCGAAAACAAAACAAAAAUGUUAUGGUCUCGAAAACACGAAACGUAUGAACACAACGUGAAGGAAAAGAUUAUGCAAGUCAUGUUUUUAUAGCUCGAUGUGAAAAUCAUCUGUUUGCAUGAUAUGUUUCAACCAAACAAAGAUUGCAAUGCUGGUUGGAGGAAGUGUCUGGAAAUGUUUGG